UCCAACUUUCUAGAAAGACCUGGAGGAGUCUGCAGUUUAUCUGAAACUCUCAUCUCCAGCCUAUCACAGCUUGGGGGGCUUUGUCUUAAAUAAACGCGUGUCCAGCUGAAGCAGUAGCCAGAAAACUAUUCCGCUUUUUUCGGUAAAGCCUGGACACAAAUUAAAGCCGCCAUGGUGAAGUGGACCGACGAGGAGCGCAAAGUCAUCAGCAGCAUCUUCUCCAACCUGGACUAUAAUGACGUCGGGCCCAAGGCUCUGCGCAGGUGUCUGAUUGUUUACCCAUGGACCCAGAGGCACUUCAGCUCCUUCGGUGACAUCUCCACUGCCGCUGCCAUCAUGAAAAACGCAAAAGUGGCAGCCCACGGCAUCAAGGUGCUGCACGGUCUGGACCGGGCUCUGAAGAACAUGGACAACAUCAAGGACGCGUAUACAGAGCUGAGCAUCCUGCACUCUGAGAAGCUACACGUGGACCCCGACAACUUCAGGUUGCUGGCUGACUGCCUGACCAUUGUCAUCGCCGCCAAACUGGGAGAAUCCUUCACUCCGGCGACGCAUACCAUCUGGCAGAAGUUCCUUAACGUGGUGGUGUCCGCUCUGGGAAAGCAGUACCACUAAACCGAGCAGCUUCCGCACCUGGAUACCUGCAUGGAGGAGAGCUGGCCUUUGUUCACUUGUCUCCUCAAUAAUGAAAUAAAGUCACACUGAAGAAAAGUC